AUGGCUAUCAUCGACCUCCUCUUCACCUGGUGGUCUCUCCCCAUCGCCGCAGCUGUUUUAGUGGCUACAUACCUCUACUCAUAUUUCAUAACGUACGGCCAUCUUCGCGAUAUCCCCGCGCCCUUCCCCGCGCAGUUCUCAAAUCUAUGGCUUCUCUACGUCUGCCGACGCGGCGAGCGAUAUCGCGUCGUGGAUGAGAUUCACAAGGAACUAGGCCCUGUGGUUCGCAUCCAGCCAAAUCAUACUUCCAUCGCUGACGCGGAAGCUAUCGCGACAAUCUAUGGUCACGGAAAUGGUUUCUUGAAAUCUGAGUUUUAUGACGCGUUCGUCUCAAUUCGAAGAGGUCUCUUCAACACCCGCGAUCGCGCAGAGCACACGCGUAAGCGCAAGCUCAUCUCGCAUGUCUUCUCGGCAAAGUCCAUCAGCCAAUUCGAACCCUACAUCCAUGCCAAUCUUGAGCUCUUCGUCAAGCAGCUCGACAAGCUCGUCGCUUCCGGCCAAACCGCCAAGAACGGCAAGCGAGAAGCCCUCAUGGAUUGUCUUCCAUGGUUCAAUUACCUCGCUUUUGAUGUCAUUGGUGAUCUCGCAUUCGGUGUACCCUUCGGAAUGCUCGCUAGCGGCGCUGAUGUAGCUGAAGUGAGGGACACACCCGACAGCCCACCGAUUUACGCUUCUGCGAUUGAGAUUCUCAACAGAAGAGGUGAAGUCAGCGCCACGCUGGGAUGUUUCCCUCAGUUGAAGCCUUAUGCUCAAUGGUUACCUGAUCCGUUUUUCAGCAAUGGAUUGAACGCUGUCAAGAACCUCGCAGGAAUUGCCAUCGCUCGCGUCAAGAAUAGACUCGAUAAUCCACCAUCCAUUGAGCGAAUGGAUCUCCUCGCCAGAUUGAUGGAAGGAAGAGAUGAGAAGGGCGAGCCGCUUGGUCGUGAGGAAUUGACUGCCGAAGCCUUGACGCAGCUCAUCGCCGGUAGCGAUACAACGUCCAAUUCGUCAUGCGCUCUACUCUACCAUGUGACGCGUACCCCAGGCGUUCUUGAGAAAUUGCAAUCUGAACUCGACAACGCGAUCCCAUCCGAAGUGUCAGUUCCCACAUACGACAUGGUUCGUGAUCUUCCCUACCUAGCCAACGUCAUCAACGAAACCCUUCGCUACCAUUCAACAUCCGGCAUCGGCCUCCCACGUCAAAUCCCACCCAACUCGCCCGGCGUUACCAUCAAGGGACACUUUUUCCCACCAGGAAGUGUCCUCAGCGUCCCAACAUACACGCUGCACCACUCGAAAGAAAUUUGGGGCUCUGACGCAGAUGAUUUUAAACCAGAGCGCUGGGAGAAUCCUACGGAGUUGCAAAAGACAGCGUUUAAUCCGUUUAGUCAUGGACCUAGGGCUUGCGUCGGGAGGAACGUGGCCGAGAUGGAGAUGAAGUUGAUCGCGGCGACGUGGGCGAGGAGAUAUGUGCCUGAGCUGAGGCAGGGGGUCAUGGAGACGAGAGAAGGGUUUUUGAGAAAGCCGCUUGGGUUGGAUAUUGCUUUGAUGAUGAGGGAGUAG